AUGCGAUUCAAGAUUGGAGGCUACUCUCGCCUCAACCCCAGCAAUAGGGAUGCAUCUCCUCAACACAGUCAAAUCGAACUUCUACAGCCUCGACAUUCGCCCAGGCCAGCAGACUCUUCGUUGUCUGGGCAUAAAUCUCACGCGAAACCGACAUCGAAUCGACUUGACACGAAUUGGGAUCCCGUCUUUUUGAGGCGGUGGGUUCUCGUUGCUUUUGCUUUGUUCUUCGCAGCAGUAAUCGCCGCUUUGCAGGUCGUGUACAGCAUCUCUGCGGCGAAUCGGGGAAUCGUGACCAGCGAUGACGAGAAGCACUAUUUGUGGACCUAUGGACCUACCGCCAUUUUUGUGAUAGUAACUGUCCUUUGGAGACAGGUCGACUAUGCUGCCAAGUCAAUCCAACCAUGGGCAGAGAUGGCGAAAGGUCCUCAAACGGCCAAAAACAGCCUUUUGCUAGACUACGUCACCCCAUUUCAGCUCGUCUCUUUAUGGAGGUCGAUACGCAAGUCCCACUUCAAUGUGGCCGCGACCGUUAUUGUAUUCUUCUUGAUCAAGGUCAUCACCAUCCUGUCAACUGGUAUCUUCAGUUUGCGAGCUGUUCAGCAAGAUGGAGUGGCUACUACGAUGGCUUUGAACAACACAUUCGAUGGCUCAAAUUUCCAGCAAGCUGCUUCCGUGGACUCCAGAGCAGCUUAUGUCGUUUAUGGCCAGCAGGCAUACAAUGUGACACCUCCAUCUGGGACGAGUGAUCAGUAUACUGUUCAGAGUUUUAGCCCCGCCGAAAACUUCGUCAAUGGCACCUUGACCUUUUCGGCCGAGGUAGAUGUCUUCAGCGUCGGCCUCGAGUGCGAAUCUGGUGCAAUCACCUACAACAUUUCCUAUUCGAGGUCCUCGAACGCGCCAACAGCUUCUUACUUCAACACGACAGUCACUUUACCUGACUGUCAGAUCUACAACGCCUAUUUGGACUCACCUGACUGGUACUAUACCCAAAACGAUACUACCCACAGAUUUGGCUAUCAAGGAUCCUUCCAAAAUGUCACCUGUUCAAACCUCCCCGACAACGAUCCUACGAGGGAACGAUAUAUGGUCGCGGUAGCAUAUUCUGAAGGUAUCGGACAGAACGAAAAUAAACUUCUCAACUCGUCAAAUCUUGUCUGCAUUCCCUCGUAUGCGAUCCACUCAGGUAUGGUCACUCUCGACACUGCCGGAAAUGUACAAUCAGUGAAUUUGACUGGACCACCGAGGAAGCUUGAAGGAGUUACAGGGCUCGAUAUUGCCAAAGGUGUGGCGGCAACAUCUCAACAAUCAUAUGCCUUUGGGGGUUCGAGCGGUGACGACCUCUCCUUGGAUUCAUUCUUGACUUUAAUGCAACUAGACACUCCUAAUUUUUCCGAGACGCAAUUUCUAGACACCAACUAUCUGAAUACUACCGCGAAUAGGAUCUAUGGAAAGGUUGCUGCGCAGCUGGCCAACUUUUAUCUGCUUUCGGAAAAGAAACCUAGCUCUGGAUCGUCUCUGAAUGGAACCCUUUCGAGGGAGGAAAACCGACUCGUUGCACGUGAAGCACCUGUCAGAGGCAUGCAAGGUAUAGCGGGCGUCAUGUUGGUGUUGACUCUUGCUAUUAUCUUCAUCACGCCUCGUGGAGUUGUUCCAAGAUCAAUCGACUCGAUCGCUGCGGUUGCUGCCAUCUUAGCACGAAGCCCUCGUCUAGGAAACCAACUGGACGGGACCGGCCACCUGAGCCUUGACGAACUCGCAAUGGCACUUGAACCUGACCGAUAUAUGACACGUAUGGGCUAUGAAGAUGGGUCCAAACAUUUUGCCAUUGAGGUAAUAUCAGGGUCAGAGUCUGAGGUUCAAACCAUUUCUGAAGCCAAUUCAAUCUACAAGAAUGUACGGUGGAUGCAGCCGUUGGUACUACAUAGGAUCGCCAUCUCCUUCACGAUCCUUGCAUCAAUAGCGGCCAUUAUAACUCUGGAGGCUUUGCUCUCGCAAUCCCAGAAGCACAAUGGUCUUGCUAGCGUCAGUGACAAUGCUGCAACAAGAUAUAGUUGGCUCUAUGUCCCUGUCUUUGUGUUCCUCCUCCUAGGGACUCUUUUCAACCUCAUGGACUUCGAGAUCGAAUUCAUCGAGUCUUAUCACGCUCUUUCUAGGGGCUUUUGCGAUGCAACGUCGAGUAUGCUUUGGUAUCCACUGCGCCAUGUCUCUGUGCAUGCCAGCUGGGACGGGCUGCGACAUGGCAGGUUCGCUCUGACGGCAGCAUCAGCCUCGGCUGUGCUUGCACCUUUACUGACAAUUGUUGUCGCGGGUCUUUUCUUCGCCAAAGCGACCGUCCAGGGUAUUCCCAUUGGUAUCACGGCUUUGAAUUGGUUCAACACGACAACGCUCGAGACCCCCUCUACCAACAUCCCUUUGUUGAUCAUCGAAGGCAAUAUGUCCUACCCUGCAUGGACAUAUGAUGAACUCUCGUUCCCUCAACUCGAGAUUGCGUCCAAUUCGGCCCUACAAAUAUCAACCGACUCCGGCUCUGUGUCUGUUAGCACACCAGCACUGCGCGCCGCCGUCUCCUGUGAUGUCGUCCCGAAAUCUCGCAUCCUCAAUCUAACCAUGGAAUCCGGCUCCUUGAGUUCCAACAUCUCCACACCUGAUGGUUGUGGGAACUCUGGUUUGAUUGAUCAACCCUAUACGUGGCUCACGAACAAUAUUAAAGUGCCUGUCAACUCGAGUGGGUAUUUUGGCAGUACUCUGACACUGGGGUUUGGUUCAGACUCGUGUCCGACUCUGGCCAUCUAUUACGGACAUGCCUCGAACAAUGAAAUUGACGACUUCUCCGCUAUUACAUGCACCCAAAGUCUCCAAAGAGUACAAUCAAAUCUGACUCUUAAUCUGCCGGAUUUUUCUGUGGUGACCGAUACUCCACCUAUCGUUCAGCCAGAUUCUGUGGUUCACUUUUCAGACUUCUAUACCACAUUCCCGUCUUACCAAGCAAUCAAUAUCACAAACACCAAUGAUGAAUUAGACGACAUUUUCAAUGCCCUUGUCUAUGGGCGGGACGGUGUUCCAACAUCAGAACUUCUCAACGACACCACUCUGAUUAGCUCGUACCAGCAUCUGUACAGGCAAUAUAUGGCCCAGGUUAUCAGCAUCUACCUUCGCGCCGACUUCAACACAUUGUCUGACAACGCCACCGAGACAGUGACGAACCCACUGGAGGCGACCUACAUCAAUCCACGCCACUUCCGUUUGAUUCAGUCAUCUCUCUCAACUCACCUGCUCGUUGGUGUGCUAGGCGCACUGUUGAUAUGCGCACUUACAAUCUUCGUUACGAUCGACAUGCGGCAGGUUCUUCCCAAACCGAUGGGGAGCAUUGCGUCGGUGGCGAGCUUGUUAGCCGGGAGCAGAAUCGUGGACAAACGGUCGGGUUUGAUUCCGAAGGGAGCAGAAUAUUGGAGUGAUGAAGAAUGGGAAAAGAGCGGAGUGUGGCAAGGCGAAAUGUUCCGUAUGGGAUGGUGGGACAAGUUUGAAGAACCCAUCGAAUCUUAUGGCAGCCGUCGAGUUGAAGAACCAGCUGAAUCAAUACGCAGUGGACGAGGGACUGGUCAGGAUGUCUCGAAUCCGCGUGACGGAGUGAAUGCUAGCGAUACUGCGAGAUUCAGGAUUGAUGCUCGGCCGAAGAUCGUGUCAUGA